GUAGUUUUCACCCUUAAUAUGUCUAUAUAUGUAUCACUAGCUUUCAUUGCAUUCUAAUACUCAUGGAGGAAGAAAACCCAAACCCGCACCCGCACCCGCAGCCUGAGAAACUUCUUGGAAUGGCCUUAAUGGAGCUUAAGACGCAGCAGGCGAUUGUGUUCCCGUUGGGGGCAAUGAACUUGCUAUGGUUUGCCAAGCUAGCGAUAACUACGGCGUUUCUUGGUCGACUUGGUGAACUUGAGUUAGCUAGUGGGUCACUCGGGUUCAUGUUUGCAAACGUGACCGGUUUCUCAAUCUUGAACGGUUUAUGUGGUGCCAUGGAGCCCAUUUGUGGUCAAGCUUAUGGAGCCAACAACUUCAAGCUACUUCACAAAACUCUUGUAAUGAUGGUUUGUUUGCUCCUACUAACAUCACUCUUUUCUUGCUUCUUGUGGCUAAAUGUUGAUCAAAUCUUGAUUCAUUUUGGCCAACAAGAAGAUAUCUCUAUCGAAGCAAAGAAGUAUUUGUUUUGUCUCCUUCCUGAUUUGAUCGUUACGUCGUUCUUGUGCCCUCUUAAAUCCUACUUGACUUCACAAAGCAUGACCAUCCCUAUCAUGUUAACCUCGGCUCUCGCAGUGGUUCUCCAUGUACCGGUUAACAUUGUCCUUGCAAAAACUAGAGGUUUUGAAGGCAUUUCAAUGGCCAUAUGGAUCACCGAUCUUGUGGUAGUCAUUCUACUAGCGGUCUAUGUGGUGGUGGUUGAGUUCCGAAAGGGUGGAACAUGGAAAGAAGGUGGGUGGUGUGAACACCGGUUCGAAGACUGGGUUCAGUUGCUAAAACUUUGUGGUCCAUGUUGCCUUACUACAUGCCUUGAAUGGUGGUGCUAUGAAAUUUUAGUCUUGCUAACCGGAAAGCUCCCGAAUGCUAAACAAGUGGUUAGCAUAAUCGCGAUUGUGCUCAACUUUGAUUACUUGCUUUUCGCUAUAAUGCUUUCGUUAGCCACAUGUGCAUCCAUUCGUGUUUCAAACGAGCUCGGUGCAAACCAAGCCGGACCCGCCUACAAAGCGGCUUAUAUCUCAUUGACGUUGGGCUCCGUUGCAGGGUUAGUUGGUGGGUUAGUCAUGGUGUUAGCUAGAGGCACAUGGGGUCGUCUAUUUAGCCAUGAUAAGGCGAUCGUGAGAGGCGUCGGGAAUGCAAUGUUGUGGAUGGCUUUGCUAGAGGUGGUGAAUUUCCCAUUGGCGGUUUGUGGCGGGAUUGUGAGGGGAACCGCUAGGCCGUGGUUGGGGAUGUAUGCAAACAUCGGCGGCUUCUACCUAUUAGCAUUGCCUUUAGGUGUGGUUUUAGCUUUUAAGGUUCAUAUGGGACUCCAAGGAUUGUUGAUAGGUUUCAUAGCCGGCGUUUCGGGUUGUUUGAUGUUGCUAUUAGUGUUCAUUUCAAGGAUUAAUUGGGCCGAGGAAGCCGAUAAGGCACAAAGAUUUGCCGCUCCGGAGUAUGUUAAAGAUGAAAACAUUGCCAAAACAUGAGCAAAAUGUGUAAACUUUCAUCAAGAUUGUACAUUAAAGAUUGUAGUAUUUUUCAUGAUUUUUUCCA